CCAGCCGGUUCCCCAGCCCCCCUGCUCCCGCCGCCCUGCUCCACAGAGCCAGCAUGCUGAGCCUAGAGCUGGGCCGCCAGCUGCGCGUGCCAGAGCUGGAGGAGGUUCACAGCUUCCUGAAGAGCCUCUCCACCAGGACUCUGGUGGGCGUGGCUGGCGUGGCAGCCCUCACCACCUAUUGGCUGGCCACCAGGCCCCGCCCACUCAAACCCCCAUGCGACCUCAACAUGCAGUCUUCCCUGGUCCAGGGCGAAGAGUUUGCCCGGCAGUCAGUGUUGGUGAACAGCCCCAUGACUUAUUAUUACGAGGACGCCAAGACCAUGUACGAGUUUUUCCUAAGAGGUGUCCGGGUAUCUAACAACGGGCCGUGCCUGGGCUCCAGGAAGCACAAGCAGCCAUAUGAUUGGCUGUCGUACGGCGAGGUGGCGGCACGUGCCGAGGCAUUGGGGUCAGCGCUGCUCCACAGGGGUCACUCUGCCUCCUCUGACCCCUACAUCGGCAUCUUCUCCCAGAACAGACCGGAGUGGACCAUCUCAGAGCUGGCCUGCUACACCUACUCUCUGGUGUCCGUUCCUCUCUAUGACACACUGGGCACUGAGGCCAUCGCAUACAUCAUCGACAAGGCCUCCAUCUCUACUAUUGUGUGUGACGUGCCAGAGAAAGUCUCUCUUGUGUUGGAGUGUAUGAGAGGAAGAGAGCACAGCGUCAGAACCAUCGUCCUGAUGGACAGACUGGACCCAGAGCUGGUUGCCCGAGGCCUUGAGGCUGAUAUACAGAUCCUCAGCCUGGCAGACAUGGAGGUGAUUGGCAGGGCCCACCAUCAACAGCCACGGCCCCCCAGACCUGAGGACAUGGCAGUAAUCUGUUUUACCAGCGGAACCACAGGAAACCCAAAGGGAGCUAUGCUGACUCAUGGAAAUGUUGUUGCCAACUGCUCGGCCGUCAUCAAGAUCACUCAGGCUAUCUGCAUAAUAGACCACAGUGAUGCUCACAUCUCCUACCUGCCCCUGGCCCACAUGUUUGAGAGAGUAGUCCAGGGCGUAAUGCUGGUCCACGGGGCGAGGAUCGGCUUCUUCCAAGGUGACAUCCGGGGUCUGAUGGAUGACAUGACCACCCUCCGGCCCACCAUCUUCCCUGUGGUUCCCCGGCUCCUCAACAGGAUGGUUGACAAGAUAUAUGGUCAAGCCAACACAUCUCUGAAACGCUGGCUGUUGGGUUUCGCCUACCGGAGGAAGGAGGCAGAGCUAAAGCGGGGCAUUGUCCGAAAAGACAGCCUAUGGGAUCGCCUUAUCUUCAGUAAGGUCCAGGCGACCCUUGGUGGCCGCGUGCGCAUGAUGAUCACUGGUGCUGCCCCUGUCUCCCCCACCGUCCUCACCUUCCUCCGCGCUGUGCUCGGCUGCCAGUUCUAUGAAGGAUACGGUCAGACGGAGUGUACUGCUGGGUGCACACUGACCAUGCCUGGAGACUGGACAGCAGGACAUGUCGGUGCUCCUCUUCCUUGUAACUCUAUCAAGCUGGUAGAUGUGGCAGAGAUGAACUACCUGGCUGCUAAUGGGGAAGGAGAGGUGUGUGUGAAAGGGCCCAAUGUGUUCCUGGGUUAUCUUAAAGACCCAGAGAAGACUGAAGAGACCAUUGACGCAGACGGCUGGGUCCACACUGGAGACAUCGGGAAAUGGCAACCGAAUGGCACGUUGAAGAUAGUGGACAGGAAAAAGCACAUCUUUAAGCUUGCUCAGGGGGAGUACAUUGCUCCGGAGAAGAUAGAGAAUGUGUAUGUCCAGUCUGACGCGCUCGCCCAGGUGUUUGUCCACGGAGACAGCCUGCAGGCCUUUUUGGUCGCCAUUGUGGUGCCCGAUCCUGACUUCCUGCCUGGCUGGGCCAAGAAGAAGGGCCUGGAGGGAGAGGGAUACCUGGAUCUCUGCAGCCGCAAGGAAGUGAAGGCGGCCAUCUUGCAAGACAUGUUGAAACUGGGCAAGGAAGGAGGUCUAAAGUCGUUUGAACAGGUGAAGGACAUUGCAAUACAUACAGAGAUGUUCUCGGUCCAGAACGGCCUUCUCACCCCCACCCUGAAGUCCAAGAGAACGGAGUUAAGGAACUGCUUCCGAGAGCAGAUCGACCUGCUAUAUUCGUCUAACAAGAUGUGACCUGGUGGACGCGUGCGAAGAAGAGCAGGAGGACGAGGAAGUCGAGGAGAAAGGGGGGAGGAAGCAGGAAGAAAAGGAGGAGAAAACAAAAGGGAUAUACGUAUAAAGGGAAGAGGAACUGUGGAACUGUGCUGUAACUAAGGACUGAUCAUUUGACAAUACCAUGCCUUCCUUGUUCUCCAAUACAGAACUACCAACAUGGGGGUCAGUGAUUUAUAAACUGAAUUAUAAACAUGGCCGCUGGUCUCAGAAACGUUUCCAAAUGCACAUUGCCCUUAGGGUUGUCUUAAGCUUGUUUUACUGUGACACUCCUAAGCCAUGAUAACUCAGUUUUACUGUCACACAUUAGCCAGUGUCUCCCUCAUCGGGUUUAAUGGAAGUUUAGAUGGGAAGAGCAGCAGGAGUUGUGUGUUAAGGUGUGGUGCUAGGGUCCAAACCCAGAAAGUUAUUAGUUCUUAACACUGAGCUUAGCCAGGAGGCCAUGUAUCUUGACUCAACUGUGAAUCAAUGUGUUCAGGGAAGUCUGCUUGAGGCUAAACAGUAUGUGAUGCAGCUUCCAGUAGUCACAUACUGGAAUUAUAAUCAUCUCUGGAAUUUAUGCAUGUUGAGGCAUCAACGUAAUUAAUGGGGUUAUCCA